GUUCAACAUGCCUUCCAUCAAAGUCGCUGAAUAUCUCUUUCGUCGGCUCAAAGACCUGGGCGUAGCUUCCGUCCACGGUGUGCCCGGCGAUUUCAACCUUACUCUGCUUGACUAUGUGGAGCCGGCCGGUUUGCGAUGGGUCGGUAAUGCGAACGAGUUAAACGCCGCCUACGCCGCCGACGGGUACGCCAGAAUCAAAGGCAUUGGCGCCGUGAUCACCACUUUCGGUGUCGGGGAGCUGUCUGCUGUCAAUGCGAUCGCAGGAGCCUACACUGAGCGGGCGCCUGUCGUGCACAUUGUGGGAACACCAGCUCGGGACUUGCAGGAGGGGCGCAAAUUGGUUCACCAUACUUUCAACGAUGGCGAAUAUGGGCGCUUCGCUAAGAUCUAUGAACACUUGACUAUCGCCCAGGCCAGCUUGCGGGAUCCACGCACUGCUCCAGCACAAAUCGAUGAAGUACUACGGCAGUGUCUCCUUCAUAGCCGACCGGUCUAUAUCGAGGUGCCAAUGGAUAUGGUGCACCAGUAUGUGUCAGAUGAAAGACUCGCGCUCGCCGUCAGCACGCCCGAGCCUGUUCCUUCCCAGACCCAAGAUGAUGUCGUGGCAAGAAUUCUGGAACGCAUCUAUGCAGCAAAGCAACCGAUUAUUCUUGUCGAUGGAGAAAUUAGACCGAUUGGCAUUGUGGACGAGGUGCAGAAGAUCAUCAAUGCUACAAACUUCCCGACGUGGGCCACCAAUUUCGGGAAAGGAUUGGUAGAUAACACACGGCCAAACUUCCAUGGAAUCUACCGCGGUAACUACGACCCGACUGAAGUACAAGACUUCUACAAUGGAGCAGACCUGGUAUUGUGCUUUGGGCCACACUUCAGCUCCACCAAUUCCUACUUCUACCAGAUUAUCCCGAAGCCUGAAGUUGCGAUAUUGUUCACCGAUAACGAAGUCAAGUUUGGCACGGAGAUUGUUCGGGACAUUCCUGCCACGCUCACCACAUCCCGUCUCAUCCAGACCAUCGACCUCGACAGAAUCCAUCGCUAUGACCCUUAUCCUAACCUGCCCCGUGAUAAACUCGUCUCAUUCUCCGAAGUGGAGGGAGAUAAACCGAUCUCCCAGGAUAAACUGUGGCGAGUGUUUGCGAACUUCCUUCGUCCAGGCGACAUCCUACUGGGAGAAACAGGCACGGCAGGAUAUGGUGUCCGUGAGAUGGCGUUUCCCAAGCACACCCGCCUCUUCGCUCCUGUGACCUGGCUGUCCAUCGGAUACAUGCUACCAGGAGCACAAGGUGCCGCUCUCGCGCAGGAGGAGCUGAUGGCAUCAAACAACUACCACGGCAUCAAAGAUGCACGCACGGUCCUUCUCAUCGGCGACGGUAGCUUCCAGAUGACCGCACAGGAAAUGUCCACAAUCAUUCGACUGAAGCUGAAUGUCGUAGUCUUCCUCAUCAACAACGACGGAUACACUAUUGAGCGGUGCAUCCACGGUCGGAAGCAGGGAUACAACGACGUGUCGCGGUGGAGAUAUCUACAGGCCCCUAGCUUUUUCGGAGCGAGCGAAGAUACAUAUACAGCUUCCGUUAAAACCUGGAAGGAGUUACAGGAUGUUCUUUCGAACAAUGUUGUUAGCAAUGGGAAGGCGCUGCGGAUGGUAGAGAUCAUGUUAGAUCGGGAGGACGCUCCUAUCGGACCUUUGUCGAUUCUUAUUGAUCAGCAAAGAAAGACCGGUGCAUAGGUAGAGUGAUACACGAAGACUAAUACGUGGAAAUAAAUCUAAACACUGUUGGAAGUGACAAUUGAAAAGGAUUGUACAUAGUCUCAUUGCUGUGUCGCUACACUUAAACUUGACCACGCACAUCACAAUGCUCUAAGACUUC